AUGUCAUUUACAUAUAAAACAAGUCCUACACCAUGGUUUUGUACAGAUCUAAAUGCAUUAGAUUCAAGUGUUGAAAUAUCUCGAAAACUUCCAUCAUGUUUACCAGGUUAUGCUAUUGAUAUAGAAGAUGUUGUUUAUGAAUCAACAAUUGAUGGUACAUGUUCUGGUAGAAGUUUAUGUAGUUCACAUAGUAAAAAUCCUCUUACAUUUGCAUGUAAUCAUAAACAAACAUGUGAUAUUGAUAUACGACAUUUUCGUUUUCAUAUUAAUGAUACAUGUGGUUCAACAGUAAGAUUUUUUACUAAAUAUCGUUGUUUACCUGUUAUACAGGAACAAAAAGAUUAUUUAUGUGAAUCAUCAACACGUCGAACAAAUUUAGCUGAUAUUAAUCUAUCAUGUGAUAGAUAUUAUCGUCUUCAUAUAACAAUGGCAUUAGUAGGAAUUAGUGUUAGACCAAAAGAUGAUGUUAAUAAAAAUCGUUUUAAAUGUAAUAAAAAUACAUAUUGGCUUUGUAAUCAUUAUAUACCUGAUGCUUAUCGAAGUGUUUGUAAUGAUCAAUUAAAUUAUGGUGGUGGUGAGCAUUGUAAAAUUCGAUAUAGUGAUCGACCAAGAUUAAAAGGAUGUUUACAUGGAGAAGCUUCAAAUUUUUCAAUAGUAGAAUAUUCAUGUAUACCAGGUGAAGGUAUAAUUGAAGAUCUUCCUCGAAUAGAUAUUUGUUCAAGUAUAACAUCUGAUCGUAUACUUAUAAAUCGUGGUCUUCUUCAUUCUCCUAAUUAUCCUGAAUCAGUAGGACAAUAUGUAUCAUGUAUAAAAAAAUUAUAUGUUACACGUGAAUCUCGUUUACGUUUAUUUAUGCUUGAAAAAUCAAUUGCAUAUUCUCAUGAUUUAAAUAUUCGUCUAUUAAAUAAUGAACCAAAUAUACAACGUACAUUAGCUAAAAAUGAAUUAUUUGAUACAAAUAUAACUAGUCAACGUCGUGAUGAAAUUGUUGAAAUUGAAUUAAAAACAAAUCAUAAUGGUGUUGGGAAGUUUUUACUUUAUUUUCAAGGCAUUGCUAUUGGUAGUAUAAUCGGUAUUAUUCUUGUUUUUCUUCUCAUUGCAAUUGUUAUUGUCAUUGUUCGAGUUACAAAACGUCGUCGUACACGAACUCUAAAAUAUUUAAAACCUGAUGAUGAUCAUCGUCAACAUUUAAAUGCAUCUGCUUCUUUACAUGAUCGUCAUCAUCCUACGAAACCCAUUCAAAUUGAACAUCCACAUUUAUCAUCAACUUCACCAACAAUUAUUUCAUCAUCAAAUAUAAUUAAUGAUAAUGUAUCAGAUCGUGAAACUCUUCUUAAACAUCCUUCACAAAUAAAUACAAUAAGUACGAAUAUUGAUAAUUUUUAUGAAGAAAUAAAAGAAAAACAACAACAACAAGUUAAUUUAACUUUAGGAAAUAUGUAUAAUACAAAUCAUAAUAUUGAACCUAAAUCAUUUGAAGAACGAAAAUUUCUUGAAGCUAAUAAAUUUUCACAACCAAUUCGUGAUCAUCGUGAGAAUGAACAACAUCCUCAUCGAACAGCACCAUUGGCUACACCAGAACAAGCUAAACGACGUACAGGAACUACAUUAUGUGAUGCACCAAUGGCUAGUACAGAAACUUUAGAUGUGGGAAAUAUUACAAUAAAUAGUGAACGUAUGAAACGUCCAACACAAGAACCACCAAAGAUUCCACCGCCACGAAUGGAUUUAAAUCAUCCAAAACCUAGUGCACCACCAGUUCAUUUAUUAGAAAAUGAUUUAAGUGAAAAUAUACGUCCACAUUACCGUUUACGUCAAGUUCAACAAUUGAAUAAUAAGAACCAAAAUGUUUAG